UGGGUGGGAAACACCGACCCUUCUGUUUAUAAAAACUCAUCAGCCCUAAAACCCCCAAAUUCAUAUAUCAAUCGUUAUCGAAAUCAACCAAAUAUUCCCAAAUCCCAUUCGCUCAGCAACAAAUCCAAGUGCUUUCCUUUCACCGGUUCUCGUCAUUGGUUCUGCACGGUCCCUUAAAUCCGACUAUCUCUCGCUAUCAGGUUAGCUUUCUCCUCGAAGAAGAAGAAGAUGAUGAUGAGGAUGAUUGAUUUCGGCUCUCUUUCUCAUAUUUACUCUUACUCACCUGCCAUUAGAUUUCUAGGGCUUCUUCUCACCCAUUUUACGGAUAUUCAGAAGGUUUCUCUAUUUCUGGAACUGCUACGUCGCGGUUAUCUUCACUUAUCCAAUUCUUAGGUUUAGAGUUUAGUUAGGGUUAUAUAAGGGUUGUUGAUGAAAGUGGGUUAUGGAUGAUUGGAUUUUUCCUGGAUUUUCGAGGACCAGAAUAUUGAAAGUCGAGGGCUUUGGUAGUGGAGAAGAUGGAAAGUCUAUUACGUGGUAUUAAAUAUGUUCGUAUUUCUUCCAGUUUGGAUAUACCUUGAAAAAAACGGGUUAGGCUUUAAGGUUUUUCCUUUUAAUUGUUUAAGUUUUCUGUGAGAACCCAAAAGAAUUAAAAAUGUUGGAAGAAUAUCAACUCUGCUUUCGUUUAUUGAUUUUUGAAGAUCGGCUGCAAUGUUUGGUUUGCUCUUCGUCGAUUUCAAAAAAUAUCCAGCUUUCUGUAAUUAGGGUUUGUUAUCUUUGGUUUGUUUAAGAUUUAAUUAGGGUUUUCCGAGCAAUUGGAUUUUGAGUGGAAUUCAAGGCUUUGGUCUUUGGGCUCGCAUUCUCUGUAUUGGAGAUACUUGUUUUGUCCUGCAAUAGAUUGAAUGAAAUGCACAGGAGACUUUAGUGUUUGGAUCUUCCUUGGAAGAAAUUGUAAUUGAUUUUUAUACAUCUUUUGUCUAUAGCAUGGUGAUUAAACAAGCAGCAAAAAGAUAUGAUGAUGACAGUGUGCAAGGAAUUUACGCUCGACAUAGGGGAGAAGCUGCGAACUUGAAUGUUUGCCGUAGAAAUGCCAAGCCAUACCAUGCUGUCUCAGAAGAUCUAUCAAGGAAGAGCACCAAUCAUAGCCUUAAGAAUUCAUAUAUUAUUACUCCAAAGGCCCCAGAAGCAAGAGGAUAAGGUUUGCAAGUACUGGAUGUCAGGUCACUGUGCCAGAGGCAAUAAAUGCUGGUAUUUGCAUUCUUGGUGUCGUGGGGAUGGAUUCAUGAUGUUGGCAAAGCUGGAGGGUCACAAGAAGGCUGUUCAUGGAAUUGCCCUUCCUCUAGGGUCUGAGAAGCUCUAUUCUGGCAGUGGCGAUGGAACUUUACGGACAUGGGACUGCCACUCUGGACAUUGUGCUCAUUUGAGUAAUCUUGGUGAUGAAGUUGGUUCUAUGAUUACUGAGGGCCUAUGGGUGUUCGUUGGCAUGAAAGGUGUUAUUAAGGCGUGGAAUACUCAGACAGCACAAGAAUUUAGUCUAAAAGGGCCUGUUGGACAUGUGCAUUCGAUGGUUGUCUCUGAUAAUAUGCUUUUUGCUGGGGCACAGAAUGGUUUUACUUUUGCAUGGAAAAGCAGUUCUGAGGCAGCCAAUCCUUUUCAACUGAUUGCAUCCAUGGAGGGCCACUCUGGUGCUGUGCUAUGUUUAGCUGUUCGAGAUAAAAAGUUAUAUUCUGGUUCUGUGGAUCACACUAUAAGGGUUUGGGACACAGACACAUUACAGUGCAUUAAGACUUUGAAUGGACAUGAGGAUGCUGUGAUGUCUCUUCUUCACUGUAACGGGUGUUUGUUCUCAUGUUCACUGGACUGCAGUAUAAAAGUUUGGUUUGCCACAGACGGAGAAAAUUGGGAAGUGAUCUAUACUCAUAAGGAAGAAAAUGGCAUGCUUGCACUCUGUGGAAUGAAUGAUGCAGAAACUAAACCAGUUUUGUUCUGCUCCUGCAAUGACGACACCGUUCGCCUAUAUGACUUGCCAUCGUAAGUUCACAGAGAGAGGCAGAUUGUAUUCAGAACGAGAAGUUAGAGUAAUUCAUAGAGGGCCUUUUCCCCUUUUCUUCACAGGGGAUGGAACUGGGUCGGUAACUGUUUGGAAGUGGUUGUAGAAGUCCGGAGGAGGGGCCCCUGGAAUCGUGAUAAGCCAUGUAUUUAUAUAGACAUCCUGCUCUGCUAACUGAUUCACUUUGGCCGCAUACAGAAGAUGGAUGAAGGAAUGUAGAAAUUAGUGGGUGGCUAUUCCUAUUCUUGAGCAGAACUAUAUUAUUGAUUGUAGCCAAAUAGAUCCAUUUCAUUCAUUUAUUCAAUGGAAUCGAAUUAUUUUGUUUCA